AUGAUCGACACCGGAAGAUACCUAAUCGGCGCCGCCGGUGCUAGUGGCUUCGGCUCUAAAUCCACCGCCGAUGAGGUAACCGAGAACUGCGACCUUCGUAAUACAACAGCGAUAAUCACCGGUGCGACGUCAGGGAUCGGAGCGGAGACGGCGAGAGUGCUGGCGAAACGAGGAGCGAGGCUGAUAUUGCCGGCGAGGAACGUGAAAGUGGGUGAAGAAGCGAAAGCGAGGAUCGUCUCUGAGUUUCCGGAGACGGAGAUUGUCGUCAUGGAGCUUGAUCUCAGCUCUAUGUCUUCCGUACGGUGCUUCGUUGCCGGUUUCGAAUCUCUCCAUCUACCUCUCAACCUUCUCAUAAACAAUGCAGGCAGAUUAGCACAUGAACAUGCAAUAACAGAAGACGGGAUCGAGAUGACAUUUGCCACUAAUUAUCUUGGCCAUUUUCUCUUGACCAAUCUCUUGAUAAAGAAAAUGAUCCAAACGGCAGAAGAAACAGGAGUUCAGGGAAGGAUCGUUAAUGUCACGUCCGGUAUUCAUGGCUGGUUUACCGGCGACUUGAUCGAAUAUCUCCGGCUGAUUUCCCAACCUAAAUGUCAAUUCGAUGCGACACGUGCGUAUGCUCUCUCGAAGCUCGCCAACGUUUUGCAUACCAAGGAGCUCUCUUCUAGACUCCAGAAAAUUGGAGCCAACGUGACUGUUAACUGCGUACACCCAGGGGUUGUAAAAACCCGGUUAACAAGAGAUCGGGAAGGCUUAUUGACAGAUCUCGUCUUCUUCCUGACAUCCAAGCUUCUUAAGACCGUUCCUCAAGCUGCUGCAACGACGUGUUACGUGGCAACGAAUCCAAGGUUGGUGAAUGUAUCGGGGAAGUACUUUACGGACUGCAAUGAAACGACACCUUCUGGACUCGGAUCUAACUCCUCCGAAGCUACAAAGUUAUGGGCAGCCUCUGAGGUUCUGGUAACUCAACAUUCCAAGGCCACUUUCGACCCAUUUAGCUAA